CGCACCACGUGCAGCAGCGGCGGCGGACCGGGGGCCGGCGCGGGGCAGCCGGGCGCGAGGCCCUCGGAGGGGCUGCUGGACCCCGUCUACCCCCGCACAUACUCGGCCCUGCUGAAAGUGGCGCAGAUGGUCACGCUGCUGAUCGCCUUCAUCUGCGUGAGGAGUUCUGUGUGGGUCAGCUACAGCGCCUACAGCUACUUUGAAGUGGUCACCAUUUGCAACUUGAUAAUGAUCCUCGCCUUUUAUCUGGUGCACCUCUUCCGCCUCUACCGCUUGCUCACCUGCAUCAGCUGGCCGCUGUCGGAACUUCUGCACUAUUUAAUCGGUACCCUGCUCCUCCUAAUCGCCUCCAUUGUGGCAGCCUCCAAGAGUUACAGCCAGAGCGGACUGGUAGCUGGAGCGAUCUUCGGUUUCGUGGCCACCUUCCUCUGCCUGGCGAGCAUCUGGAUGUCCUACAAGAUCUCGUGUGUGACCCAGUCAGGAGAUGCAGCUGUGUGAUGCCAGCCCAGGCCCGGCCCCGUGGGAGGCCCUGCGCACAGGAGGGUCAGUGGGCCAGCCCCCACGAAGGGCUUCUGACCCCAUGAUCUUGUGCCAAAGCCCCGUCCACGCGGGUGGGCACAGGAGGGGGACUUCGGCGUCCUCCAGGGCUCCUGAGCCGCGCAGAGCCUCUCUUUCCAGUCGUCCUUGGAGAAUAGUCCUCCCCGCCCGGGAAAGAAAACCAGCCUCCAGGGAAAUCUGGUCUCUCCCUCCUGCUUUGAGAACCACCUGCCUCAGGGACUGAUGACCCCACUUAACCCACGAGGGAGGGGUUUCUGAAAACUCCUGCCUAACUCUGCUUCUACUUCACAUUCCUCAGGGGAGUGAAGCCGCCUUAAGUCCUCUUAGAGAAACCAAGCCAUCUCCUAAUUUAUCCAGCUUGGAAAGCCUCUCUCUGGAGAGAGCCUCUUCCUUAAGUGAGGCGUGUCUGCAGAAGCACUCUGUGGUCAGCCUGUCCCCAGAGAGGAGAUCCCGGCUCCUUUCAGGCUUCAGCCUUAAUUCCCAUUGUGUGUGUGUCUGUGUGUUUGUGUGUGUGUUGUAUGUGUGUGUCGGUGUGUGGGCGUGUGUGUGUUUUGUAAUAAAAUAUUGACUUGGCCAAUUGCACAAGGAUUUCUUAUUAACUGAGGCUGUCGACCAGGAGUAAAGUGAUGGGGCCCACAAAGCUCGUGGGGAUGCCUGGGGGCCCACUCCUGCAUGUGCACACCAGCCCCUCCCCGGAGCUGAGAACACCGAAGGAUGCAGAAGAUACGGGCCGCUCAAGAUUUGCAUAUUUUCAGAGUAAAUCGGUGGUGAAGGGUGGCCAAUACCGUUCACACAGGACAGAAAGCAGUACUCAAGAGCGACACAGGCAGCCCUAAAAAAAAGGGGGUAGAAAAUUCUGGUACCUACUACAACACAGAUGAAGCUCGAAGACAUGACGCUGAGUGAAAUAAGCCGGACACCCCAGGACAAGCCCUGUCUGAUUCCAUUUGCAGGAGGUUACUAGAGAAGUUACAAUUCAGAGACAGAAAGUCGAAGGGUGGUGGCCGGGGCCUGGGGCAGGGGACUGGGGCGUUUGUGUGUCCACUUGGGAAGAUGGAGAUGUUCUGGAGAUGGAUGGCGGUGGCUGCCCAACAACAUGAAUAAUACCACUGCACGGCGCACCUAAAAAUUGUUAGAUUG